GUUUUUUGCUUAAAGUUAUUUUUUGGCUUUAUUUAACAGGUUAGUGAAGAGGCAGACAGGAAAGAAUGAGGGGGAAGACCAGCAGCAAAGGUCCGUGAGCUUGAAUCAAACCCAGGCCGCUACGUCGAGGAAUGUAGCCCCUGUUUAGGGGUCACCCACUCAACCUGUUGAGCUAUCGGGGCACGCAAGAGUCCUGGGUUAACUCCACAACAGGGAAACGCGCCAUGAUUUUCCAUAAUGAGGCCGUUCUCCCCUUGAUCAGGUGAGAGUUUGGCCUUAAAUGCUCUUUUUUUCCUCCCCUUUCCUGUUCAUAUUUCAUCCUCUCAUUAAGUGUGCCAUAUGGGCACACAGCAGGCAGCCUGGGUACAAGAACGCUGUGAGAAAAUUCUGAAUCAUAACUGACUUCUGUUUCAAAAGAGCAAGUCAUAUCAGGGAGAAGCUGUGUACCUACAGACAGCCUCACACGCUAAGAAGCACCAAAACACAUUUGAAGCACACCGGAAGCUACAGAGUCUGCAGUGAAUCCUGCUGUUUGGAAGCUUGUGUUUGCAGGUUUUGUGACUUGAGGACUGCAGGGCGGACGCACGGCACUGGACUCUGUCAGAAGCAGGGAAGUGAGAAGCCGAAAGAACACAAGCCACUGUGAAGAGGAAUGAAAGAAGCUCAAGGCCGUUUAUUACAUGGGUGAUAAUGCGGGAUCACGAGUCCAGUACUAAUGUGGAGGAUCUCCUGAGGCAGUCUCAGAUGGAGUUACAAUGGAUCCAGAGACAGCUGGCCAUGAUCGCUGCCAGAAACAUACACCAUCAUCACCUGCACACCAAGGGCAAGUUAAGGUAUGAGGUUUCAUCCCAGCAAGCUGCAGGACACUCUUCUGCCUACAACGUGGGCCGCUUUCGACUGCUGGAGGAGAGAAACCGAGCUCUGAAGCUUGAAGUAGCGACGCUUCGCCAAGAGAAACAACAGUAUCGCAAACUGAAAGCAAAGCUCCAUGCUGCCUUGCAGGAGAAAAACCGUCUGAACCAUGAGCUCAUCAACCACCACCUGAAGGCAUCCAAGUAUGACCAGGUGCGAUCUGACUAUGACCAGCUGAGACAAACCUUUGCUGUAGUGAGCCAGGAGAGAGACGUGGCCCAGCAGGAGAGGAGCCAACUCCAGGGCAAAGUGGAUAACCUGGAACAGGUUCUAAAGCAUAUGCAUGGGGCUGUAGAGCUGAAGCAGCAGUUGCAGACAGAGCAUGAGCAAGCCUUGGUGGCCCUUCACACUAAGCAGAAGGAGAUCAAUCAACUGCAAAAGGCUUGGGUUCAAAUUGACCAAGAGCAUGAGGAAGCAGUACACCUGUUAGAGGUCAAGGUUUGUGACCUGGAGCAGAAAUGCAGGUCACACAGUGAACAUUUCCACCAGCUGUCCAAAGAGCUUCUGAAUUUCCGUUUGAAGUCGGAACCUGUGGAUAUCCUUCAGAUUGAUCCCGCCUCCCAGAUCCCGCAUUCACCGGAGAAGAAAGUUGCACAAGUCAUUGUUGGAUUUGAAGUCCAGCCACAGACAGGUGAUGAGAGCUCGGCAGACACGCCGCUACUGAUCUCCCAGUUCUUGCCCUGCACACUGCAGACUGGAGACAGAGAACCAUCAGAACAGCUGCCUGUCAAAUCCAGCACCGUGACAACGGACCACCCCAGCUGCCCUCGACAGCUUACCCCAUCAGAGAUGGAGGAUGAGGCCAGCCCAUCACCCAGGUCCAAACCUCGCUACACAGGCCAGGUCCGCCUUUGCACUGCCCGUUACAGUUACAACCCUUACGAUGGACCAAAUGAGCAUCCUGAAGCAGAACUGCCCCUCGUGGCUGGAAAGUAUCUAUAUGUGUAUGGAAACAUGGAUGAUGAUGGUUUCUAUGAAGGGGAGCUGCUGGAUGGCCAAAGAGGACUUGUUCCCUCCAAUUUUGUGGAGUUUGUCCAGGACAAGGAGAAACCAGCGAUUCAGGCUGGGGACGGAGGAGAAGACCUGGGCCCACUGGACCAUGCUCCCCUGGCCUUGAUGGCAGUGGAUGGAGGUGCCUCCCAGGAUGGCCUCCUGGGCUCAGCUAAUGCCUUGGUUCCCUGUAGCAAUGGGACAGGGGGGCCCUUGGAUCCCGAGGACCUAGCUGAAGAUGUUGUGCCUUACCCUCGAAAGAUCACCUUGAUCAAGCAGCUGGCACGGAGCGUCAUUGUGGCCUGGGAGCCUCCGAUAGUGCCUUUGGGCUGGGGGAACAUCUCUGGCUACAACGUGUUGGUGGAUGGGGAGCUUCGUGCCAGUUUACCGUACAGUGGCAGGACCAAGUGUUUGCUGGAGAAGCUGGACCUGGACGGCUGCGUUCACCGCGUAUCGGUGCAGAGCGUCACCGACCGAGGCCUGUCAGACGAGCUGCGCUGCACCUUGCUGGUGGGAGCCAACGUGGUGGUGGCACCCUGCGGUCUGCGGGUGGAUGACAUCCAGCGUGACACUGCCGAGCUCUCUUGGUUGCCUAGCAACAGUAACUACGGUCACACUGUGUUCUUAGAUGGCGUAGAGCACGCAGUUUUAAAGCCAGGAAGGUAUAGACUCCGCUUCCUGAACCUGAAGCCCCUGACAGUGUACAAAGUGACGGUGGUGGCACAGCCUCACCAGGUGCCAUGGCAACUACCGCUGGAGCAAAGAGAGAGGAAGGAAGCCGGUGUGGAGUUCUGCACUCAGGCAGCAGGUCCAACACCAUUUUGCAGAACAGGCCCUCCGCAGCCUCCCCAGGACGUUCAGGUGCUCUGUGGGCAGGCCCCAGGGGUCCUGCAGGUCCGCUGGAAGCCCCCCAUCCUCUCUCCCACAGGCACAUCUAAUGGGGCAAAUGUCAUUGGCUACGCAGUGUGCACUAAAGGGCAGAGGAUAGCUGAGGUGUUGUUCCCAAUGGCCGACUAUGUUACAGUUGAGCUGACGAGGAUUCAAUGCCUGGAGGCCAGAGAGGUCAUCGUGAGGACGCUGUCAGUUCAGGGAGAAUCCCAGGACUCCCAAGUCGCCGUCAUUCCAAACAACCUGCUCGUGCCUCUACCGCCUCUCCCCCUGCCGCCGCCGCCGAUGCACCCCCACGCCCAGCCCCACCUCCAGUCCCCCCACCUCCCUCACGGCAUCCCCCAGCUCCCCGCUCCGGCCCACGGACAGCCCCUCCCACCCCACCCUCCGCACCCUCAACCCCACCCCAGGCUCCCCCAUCCAGGCGGGCCCCCGCAACCCCAGCUUCGACCGCCGCACCCUCAGCCCCAGCCCCUGCACCUCCAGCCUCGCCCACCCCACCAGGUCCCCAGGCCCCAGCACCAACUGCCUCUGCUGCCCCACCCCCAGCCCCACCCUUUACCUCAGAGACCAGCAAGUGCCAGAGACCUGGAUGCCAAAGAGCACACGGCCCACCAUGGGGGAGCUAUUCCACCUGGCCAACCUGGCUGGGACCCCACACGCUCUCCCUCCUCCCAGCCCCCUGUGCCCAUGCACGGCCACACCCUCGAGGCCCCUCCGCCGGCCAACCCACGCUCGCCCUCCCCCCAGAGGAUUCUCCCUCAGCCCCGAGGCACCCUCAUCCCGGACACCGUGGCCAAAGCCAUCGCUCGAGAAGCAGCGCAGAGGGUGGCAGCAGAAAGCGGCAAGGGAGACAGGAGGCAGGGCAGGUAUGGAGAGCAGGGUCAUUCAUUUCACCAGCAUCACUCAGACGAGGAAGAGGAGGAUGAGGAAGGGUUUGCACGUGGCCGUCGGAGAGGACCGUCAGUCGAUGAGUUCCUCAGGGGCUCUGAGCUGGGGAGGCCGCCUCACUAUAGUCACAAUGAAGAUUAUCACAGCGAAAGCAGCCGGGGCUCUGACCUGUCUGACAUCAUGGAAGAGGAUGAGGAGGAGCUGUACUCUGAGAUGCAGCUGGAAGAGGGACGUCGACGCAACUCGCACAACACACCCAAGACAAACACUCCUGCGGGAGGACGUCACGACCGGGACCCCGGGAGACGAAUUCAUCACGGCGGUCCCCAGCCUCACAGACGACCUCUAAUGGUCCCCUCCAUUGAGGUAACCUCUGAGAAUAACAGUGAGGGAAACCUCUCCCCCAUCACCGAAGAUGUUUACUAUGGCAGAGUAGCUCGGCACAGGACGUGGUCAUCCCGCAGGCACAUGGGCGGCAACAGGUCUCCCCAUGAUGGUUACAGGGAUCGGGAUCGUCGCUCUCCCACCUACUACGAUGAGUCGGAGCCUGAGGAGUCCUUUCGGAUCUUUGUGGCCCUAUUUGACUACGAUCCUCUGUCCAUGUCCCCCAACCCAGACGCAGCUGAUGAGGAGCUGCCCUUCAAAGAGGGGCAGAUCAUAAGAAUAUAUGGUGAUAAAGACACAGAUGGGUUUUACAGAGGAGAAGUGAGGGGCAGGAUGGGGCUGAUUCCCUGUAACAUGGUGUCAGAGAUACGAGCAGAUGACGAGGAGACCAUGGACCAGCUCAUCAAACAGGGCUUUCUGCCUCUCAGCACCCCUGUGGACAGAAUAGAGCAGAACAGAAGAGGCCUUCGUCGAGACCAAGCCUCGAGGAGGAUGGUGGCUCUGUACGACUACGACCCCAGAGAAAGCUCCCCUAAUGUUGAUGUUGAGGCUGAGCUGACGUUCUGUGCUGGUGACAUCAUCGCUGUGUUCGGAGAUAUUGAUGAAGAUGGAUUCUAUUAUGGUGAAAUCAAUGGCCACCGCGGUCUGGUUCCCUCUAACUUCCUGGAAGAAGUGCCUGAUGACGUGGAGGUGUAUCUGACCGAUACUCCGUCCCACUACCCCCAGGAAGAACCUGCCAACCGGCCCCCCGCCAACUCCGCUGCCACCGUCCCAGAGGGCAAACGGGUGACCACAGAAACCACCGAAACAGUCACCAACGACACCAUACCCGUCCGGGCGCCGUCCCCGAUCGUCCGUCCCCUCCUCCCGGGCACCAUGAGGCCCCUGAGCCCUACCAGGGGCCCCCAUGUUCCGCUGGACCCCCGAGACCAAGAUCUGGCCAACAAGAAGAAGAAAGGACUACUUUCCAAGGGGAAGAAGCUUCUGAAGAGACUCUCCCCUGUGAAAUAAAACAAAAAAAGGAGCAUUACUGUACAAUACGUGCACAUGCUGGGCUCUGUAUAUUGCAUCCAUACAAUCAACUCUGAUCUAACAACUGGUGACAGAGAGGAUGUGAGCUUUGUCUCCUGGACUGCGGGAGCCUAUUUGAUAUAUAACGAUUAUUCAUGUUCAGUGAUGGAUACGAAUCAGCUAAAUUCUGUACAGUGCAGUGCCAAAAUGAUGAGUGAGGUGACCUGCAGACACAAAAAAACAUAUUACUGUGAUGUAUUUUAAAUCAAGAAAAGAAAAAAAAAACACCAACUAGGAUUUUCAUGACAUGUUUUUUUUUCCUCAUUUCUCUUAAAGUUUAUUUUAAAAGCAGGGUAGCUGUGAAAACUAAGCAUCUGGUUACAUAUAAGUUUCCAAAAAGGCUUUUCUCAGCAAAAAAAUAAAGAGAGAAAUCAUCAGUUUUUGUGGAGUCUUGAUGUCACUGCAAGGAAACAGGCACCAAACUCCUUCAAGGAAAUAGACUACACUGUUAUUGAGGCAUUCUGUGAAGUAAUGCCGGCUGCUAAAGUCUUUAUUCAGUGCAAUAUCAUGGAGGGGUGGUAGCAUUAGUGGGAAGAAGAGGAAACAUGUCCACUUGCACCUGUGAUUCAGCAGAGAGGAAUUUUCUGUCAUGGAAGAUGUUAAAAAGAAAGCAGAAUAGCAGACUGGCAACAGGGCAUUAAUGUCAGAAACACCAGGCAAGCUUUGCUGUCUCAGUGGCCUUUUACGAAAACAAUAUGAGCAUGACACUCCUCAUUUUGAUUACAAGGUUGACUUACACCAAGGUUUUUUUUUAAAAUUUUUUUUUAAGUUUUAUGACGGGUUGCUUGUGCUUUGUCAUUUUUGAGAACAAUAUUUGCUGUCAAACUGUCAUGAAACGCCUAGUUCCAGACGAACUUUUUGUGUCUAUCUAUUCUUUUUGCACAAAGGUGGGUCGGUGUUUUGUCUAACGAUUGGUAAAAGACAUAUUUCGUGUGCCUGUGUGUGUGUGUGUGUGUGUGUGUGUGUGUGUGUGUAAGGCAGAAUGUGACGCAUUCAUGUUUUACACCUUUCAUAUUGACUUUUUUUUGUUUAGUUUUUUAGUUUUCUUUUUUCCAAGGAGAGGCCAUGUAGUUCUUGGUCCUGUGAUCUAGUGAUGUGCUGCUACCUCCAUCGCCUGUGCUCUGUUUAGUUUGGUCGUCUCACGUCGAUAUACAGUUUGUGGGACAUGAAGUCUACAAAUCAGAAAUGUCAAGGCGUGCAUUUUUUUUCUCUGGUUUUCUUGCAGCUACCUGUGGAAAGAAAUAUGUUUGACUUGGAGUUUCUAUCGCUUCCAUUUACACUCUACAUGACUUGUACUCAUAUAUUGUAUAUAAGGAUUAUAUCAUACAAAAUUAAUAUGUUACACAGUUUAUUAAAAGAGAAUCUGCUGUGGAAAAGAUCUUAAUUUAUUCCUGUGAUCUGCAAUGAUUGAAUAAUUUAUGAAACAAGCAGAUAAACUCAAAUUCUUGACUUCAGACUCCAAUCAAAAAUUUCAAUGUUCUCUUGUUACUUUAGUUUGUUGAUUUUGCUGAAUGUUUUAUGUGUUUACUCAAGUAAUGAAAAGCAAAUUUGUUUGCAUAAAACCACUAAGAGAUCUGCAACAGAAAGUGUGAUCAGAUGAGUAGAAAUGACUCCUGCAGAUUGUCACGCCGACUGUCUAUUUGAGCAGUUUUUUUUUUUCAGUUCGCUCCAAAUCUAAAUGAAAUGUUCUGUGUGAUUAGUGGAAUUGAAUGUAAGCAUUCAGUGCCAACAUACAUACUUCAAAAUGUACUUUUUCCUCAUUUGUUUGAAAGUAUUCCAAUAUUUGGUUUCACUUAAAAUUCAUUUUGUUUAAACUUCUUCUUGUGUUCAGUAGAAAUCUGCUUUUUACAUAUUCAUCUGUGAGCAGACUUUAAAAAUAAACUAAAAAACAUUUUUGUUUCAUUUUUUGAAACCCAGGCUAAUUGGAAAAUACAUAGCUUGGCAAGCUAAUUAAAUUGAAAUAAAUAGGAAAAAUAAUUUAAAAAAAUCUCCUGACUUGAAAAAUAUUUUGCCUCAGAUAUUAAUUCUCAGAUUUAUCUUCUGCUUAAUGUCCAUUUCUAUGCAUUUCUCCCCAUUCAAACUGCAAUGCUAACUUUCUCUUUCACUGAUCACAAGCUAUAUAGUUGUGAAUGUUUUCGGCUUCAGGGGAGACAGUGUGUUAAUUCUACAAGGUUACUGAAAUAACAGUUCAAAUAUUAGCUUGGAUCCCUUACAGAAAGGACCUGCAUACUGUACCAGCAUUUUGUUUUUCUGUGGAGAUGACUGGAAGCGCUGAAGAAUUGAAUUACUACCUGGAUUGGUGGUGUGACUCAUAGCUUUAAUAAUUUGAAAUCUUCUCUGGUUUCUGUUCAGUUUUAAAUGUCCAUCCGACCCAGUUUAUCUCCAGCUGUUCUUUAUGUAAAGUUGCACUUGAACGAUGUCAGAUGUGAGUUAAUAGCGUGAAACAGGGUCUUUGUGAUUUAUUAAUGUUGUUGAUGACAUGCAAUGACAAGAGAUGGUGGUGUAAAGUGAAUGUAGGUAGGAAAAGUUUGACUGGCAAUAGGUUUACAUUGAAUUAUUUCUGUUCCAAAGCUACUUUCUGUAUAGUUUCUCUCUUAAUCAGUCAUAAAGCUGAAAUAAUAUGGUGUUCCAAAAACCAAAUCAUUCACUUGUGAAUGGGUGUAGUGUCUCUAAACGCUGUAGCUCUUUUUGUACUUCGAUCCAUUUGUAGAUAAUUUCUAAAUGUUUCUACUUGAUUUUACGACAGCCUUUUUUUGAGUGCACUGAGAUUUCCUCUCCCAGUAAAAGACUGCAAGCAUUCUCCAUAGUGUCCUUUGAAAUCAGAUGUAUCGGUCCACCGUAUGUGCUUGCUUUGUGAAUCAAGGUACAAAAAAAGACAAAAAUAUGAAAAAAAACAAGAAAAAGAGAAGUCGUUGGACAUUAUUUAUGAUGAUUAAUUAUGUGUGGGUGUGCAUGUGAAAAAAUACAACUUUUAUAACCAAAUUAAAUUUGAUAUUUUUUAGAAAA